AUGGUAGCCGAACUGUCAGUCAUUUCUGCAACGACUACCAAGCAGAAAACAAGUUCGGACAAUAAUAAUUUAAGUGACAUUGUCAUUAAUCAAGACUCAUUAAAUUUUGAUAAUUCCAUUAAAAAAAGACCAAAAUGGAUACAAACGGCAACUCGCGAACCAAUUUAUAGUGUUCUUGACGCUGAAGACAAUAAUAAGGAUUAUCAUCAGCAACAUUGUCGAUUCAAGGACAAUGUUGUUUUGAUUACUGCAUAUAAAAGUUCUGUGGAUUGUCAAAAAAAAUUUCCUAGUGAGGAGAGAGUUCCUCCCGAAGGCAGAUUUCAUUGCGAAGAAGAAGAUUCGAACCCUCUCUACAGUGUUAUAAGAAAAAAGGAAAUAAAUCCACAACCGGAAGUUGUUUCAAGGCAAGAGGAACUACGAAAGUGGUUGCAGAUUGCAUCCAAUCAGAUUCCAGUAUCGAGAUUUAAUUUUAAUCACACUACUAAAAUGUAUUCACAAGAAAGAGAUGAAAAUAUGAAAGAUGGACGAAAAAAACCAAUUUCCUCCCCUAGGGGUGUAGUGGGUCUUGUUGGUCCCUAUAGAGUCACUCAUAAUUUAGCCGAGAGACGUGAAUACAUUUUACAAGAGGAGGAAUUAGUUGAAGAAAACAGCGAAUUUGUGAAUGAAUUUCACCAAAGUGAAGUAAUUCGUGAAAGAGGAGAAAUUCAUAACAAUAAUAAUGAUAAUAGUAAUAAUAAUAAUUAUCAAGAGGAACAUAGAAGAGCAAAAUGGAGAAUACGAGAUGAAGAUGAGGAAACUCUUGUUCCCGAUUUGAUGGUGAGAAAUUUUCUUGAUACCGUGGUUGUAGAUGACGAUUUGGAAAUUAAGGAUGAUAUGAUCCAGGAGGUGGCUGAAAAAAUUAAAGAAUGGAAACAAUUGGAAAUGAGAAAUACACCUGAUCAGAUGGAGGGAAUUAUUAUUAAUGGAAAACAUGAAAGGGCCGUUGAUGUUCCUGAGGCAAUGGAAAGAGUUACGAAAUCUUCCAAUGUUUCCGCGAGUAAUGAACAACAUGACAAAGAUAGUUUGAACGAAACAGGUAGCAUAACGGGUGGAACAGUGGAGGGUGCACCUGGAGGUAGCCCCGGAAGGGGUGAAAGAUCAAAGGAAACUGAACCUUCUGCACAAGAGCCUUCCUCGUCAGCAGUGCCUCCAAGAUCUUUAGUUUCGAGGAUACUAUCCAGGGCAAGGUCACCUGAAGAUAUUUUAGAUAAUUCUGAACCAUUUUCGCAAUUAUGGAUCGUACUAUCAAAUGUUUACGGGGAACUCGUGGUAAUAAUGAUGAUGGCCCUGUGCCUCGCCGAGGUGAUGGAUACACCUGUGCCUUUACUCAGCUUACAGGGAAUAUUCCUGAUGUAUAUGUAUAUUGGAAGCAUAGUCGUAAUCAUAAGCAUCUACCUCUGGGUCUUAAUAGACAGUUGUCGAAGUUUGGGAAGUAGUGGAAUUGGAAUUGAUGACGCUGAACUCGGUGGAGCUUCACUCACGAGAUUUGGAUCCCUUAAAAGAGCUCAUAUUUCACGCUCGAGAACCACAACCACUAGUUUUUACAUUCGAGUUGGGGCAUUACUUUUUGGCCUGGCUACUCUAGUCUUUAAUGGACUGGAAAUGGCAAUGCAUUCAAUGAUGCAAGGAGCAUCUUGUCUCAGUGAUAUCAUUUUCGUUCAUCCCGUUCUUCAUGGACUCUUCACUUUUCUACAAAUGCAUUUUCUUUUCGUUAAUUCGCAAGUCCUCGUGGAGAAAUUUGGAUUAGCGGCAAGAUUUGGUUUCACUCAUUUGGCCGCAACAAAUAUAGCCGUAUGGAUUCGUUUAAUAAUUUGGGAUUCUGCAUUGGAAUGGACCUAUUUUGUUCAUCUUGCUCAAAGGGGACCACAAACAUCAUCGUCUCCUCUUCAUCUUCGAGGUUUUCCCCAAACAUUAACGAGGCACACGCGAGAUGUUUUAGGCGAAGGAUUAACAGGAGAUAAUAUGUAUAAAAUUUAUGAACCAAUUUCCAAAGAACAAAUCGCACAAGUUGUUGCAUUGCAAGAUUGUCUUAAUGGCAGUUCUUUGGGUCAAUUAUGGACUUCAAGUUUGCCUUUUUUGUAUCCAUUUAUUGUUCAAUUCAGUUUAAUAGCGGCUGCCGUGACAUUUGUAAUGGGACAAAAUGUCGGUCGAAAUCGUUUAACACAUAAGCACAAAUUCCUCAGUAUGAAAGACCUGACAAUACACAACAGAGCGAAUUGCGAUGGUUCGAGUAAAGGUCUAUUUUUAGGAAUUUUAUGCAUGGUCGCUGGUAUUGUUGUUAUUUUAAUAUUUCUCGUUGUUAGGGAAGAUGAAAAUUUUCCACCCUCAACAUUAUCGUGGCUAACAUGUGGCACUCUAAUUGCAAUAUUGAGUCUCAGUGGUCUAAUGACGGCAAGUGGUUUAGUGCAAAUUCGUCAAAUGUCAAUUGUAUCAAGAGCAUCAGCGACACUCGAUACAUUAUUGUCAAAUAUUUCAUUAUUUGGCAUUCAACUUUAUUCGGUAUUUACAAUUGUCGUUUGUAUUUGUUGUAUUAAUUGGACAAUUGACAAUGACGAUUCACAAGUACGUCAUAUAAUGUUAUUGUCAGCGUCGAUACUUCAAUUAUUACAAAGUUAUGCACAAAGUACAUUAAUGGCUGAGGCAACAAAAAGAUCGUGUAUAACACGUUAUCAAAUGAUGUCAAAACCAGCGCGACAAGUUAUAACAUUUUUAUUAUUUAGCAAUGCAGUACUUUGGGCAUUUGACACUGUUAUUAUUCACAAUUGGAUAUCACAAGAAGUUCAAUUGAGAUUUUUUGGCGUUCUCGCUUGGGGUAUAAUAUCGAGAAUUGGAUUGCCAUUGUUGAUAUUUUAUCGUUUUCAUAGUUGUGUUUUAUUGUUGGAAAUUUGGAAUAAAUGUUACAGAACGCCACGUGGUGAACAUCCACUUAACUGACGACAAGAAAUGACUCCAAGGUUACUCGUCUCUAGAUCAAAAUUAAAAAAACAUCGUCGAAAAAUGGUGGAAAAAAUUCAAAACAAUUUCAAUGAAUCGCAACGAAAAUUUAGUGAAUCGGAGAUUCCACUUUUUAAAAAUUUGGUGACCUUGGAAUCAAAUUUUUUACCUCAUCAUUAUCC